CUAACAAACGUCAAUGCAACUUUUGCUCUUGAAUAAAUUAUGCAAAUUGACCACCAUAUUGAAAAUGAGUUAUCGUUCUUUGCCCACGCUUCGAUUCGUCUAGCUAACUGCGCAACUAAAAAUAGUAUAGGUAAUUUCCGAAUGAAGUAUGCGCAGUUAUUGCCCUUUGAUAACUCUUUUUUAACUCUAACGUGACAUGCAAACAGCAAAGAAAUCGGUUAAUAUUUGGAAUUUUGGCGAUUUUUUUUAAAGUUAUGGUAGGUUAAAAAAAGGGAUUUACAUAUUAAAGAUGCAAAAAUUAAACAAGUUUAGACAAUUAUGUGCAAUUUCUUCAGAUUUUGUGACAAUUGUUUGAAAUUAUUUAGGCUUUCUACUUUCGAUUUCGCAAAGGUUCAUUAUGCGUCGUUCUAUGGAUUUUUGCGUCGAUCACUCCAAUUGAGAUUGGGUGUUCGUUCAUGAUUGGAUGUUUCUGUCUGAUUAAAGGUUGUUUUUUUACAUUUCAGAAAUUGCUAGAUCUGAAUUAUUACUUUGUAACGAAAUAUAUGUAUGCAUAUAUCUGAUACACAGUGCAGCGACUGCCAGUGUACAUAUGUGCAUUUUACACAUGCAUAUUGGUGGUAUACAUUGCAUUAGCUUAGCAAAGUAGUAGCUACCAUGUUAGUUACACAAUAGUCUACUUGAAAAAUGUCUUUAGAAUCACCCCAGGAUGACUCAUCUGAUCGUCGGGCUCCCCCCAAAUAUAUACAUGAAACAGUAUCAAUGUGAUCAUCUUCAUCUGCAUCAAACGCCCUAGUUCUGUUUACCUCCAAACAAGUAUCCUCUGCUGGAAAAAAGUCACCAUUGAUCAAUUCUAAGUCCCUUCUUUUCCUACUCGAUUUCCCCCUCUCUAAAUUUAUCGAUUUAAAGGGCAACACUUUAAAAUUCUCCAUAAUUUGUACGUACGGUGCAGUUUCGCUACUAGCUACUACUUCAAUUAAGACGCGUGCAACGUUCGUACUUGAUACGUUUACAAUAUUGUUUAUUUUGAUAUGCUAAUCAAGGUGCGCUUGCGCACUUGCGCUCUUCCGGAAGGAGCAUUAGUAAGUGUAGAGAACGUUUGUUAGUGCAAUAGCCGUUUUAUAGAUCCGCCACGACGUGGUAUUAUUUCGGAUAGAACUCGGCACGAGGAGUGCAACACUCCCAGACAAACAAGUCGAAUAUUAUUCAAUGAUAAAUGCCUGGGCCGAGGUGGCCGCAACUGUGAAUGGAUAUACACCAGAUCUACAUGUUACUAUAGAUCCAUCCGGAUUCUAAUACCACAUAUUUGAAUCGUUUGGAUGAUAUUUAUUGGAUAACAUUUGGAUGAUCUGUGAAUGAUGAUAUUCUGAUCGAUUGUGAUAUAAAUAAACCUUGUGACCGGUAUGCUUGUUGGAGUUAUCACCCGGUAACAGAUCUACUAAGCUUGAAAUGAAAACUGCCGAUCAGACUUUCAGUCUGAGCUUAAUUGUUUUUCCCAAUAAUCUCAAUCACGAUCCAAUACAUGUAAUCCAAAAGAUAUACACAUCGAUUUUUAUGUACGAUCUUAACUUUCAGCUUGUGCAGGUUGAACCGAAUAAAACAAAAAAUUCCAUUUGUGAUAAUCGGCUUGACCGCAACAAAAUAUGUGCACACUGGAUAAUGGAUAAACGAAAUAAAAAUUUUGAAAAAUGAUAAGUUUCUCCACCCUUUUUACUGAGGAGGGGGACAAAUUCAUUGAUUUUGAUUAUGAACCGCUUGAGAAAAUUGUGUUCGCCGGGGCCACAACAUGGAUAGAGACAACAAAGAAAACGCUAUGGAAGUGGUACAUAUUUAGCAUGCAGCUGGCCCAUACACGUGUGUCAAAGAUUCACAUGCACCAACUGAAAUCUGAAUUGGAUUGCAAUUCGUGUUGAAGCCUACAGUACGUUUAGAUGAUUGGAUUUUCAUCGAAAUGUAUAAAGCAUAUAAAAGCAACGUAAAAGAUGAGCCAACGGCCUUGAUAUUUUUCGUCAAUGGGAGAAGGAUAUCGAUUGAAAAUCCGGACCCUAAAGUGACACUUAUUCAAUACCUGAGACGAAAUUUAUAUUUGACCGGAACAAAAGAAGCCUGCAGUCAAGGAGCAUGUGGGGCCUGUACGGUUAUGAUUUCUUACUACAACCACCACCAGAAGAAAAUCAUUCAUUAUUCCGGAAAUGCAUGCUUGACUCCGAUUUGCUCUCUCCAUGGAAUGGCGGUCACUACAGUGGAAGGAGUGGGCAGCACCAGGAAUGGCCUCCACCCUAUUCAGCGGAAUAUGAUGGAGAGCCACGGUAUACAGUGCGGAUUUUGUACCCCUGGCAUGGUGAUGACAAUGUACACAUUCUUCAGAAAUAAUCCAGAACCUAACCAGGAGGACAUGGAGAGGGCUCUAGAAGGCAAUCUCUGUCGUUGCACCGGAUAUCGUCCGAUUUUGGAGGCGUUCAAGAAGAGUUGUCCUUGUGGCUUGGGACUUUGUCAGCAGAGUGCAGAGGAAAAGAAAGAAGUCACAGAGAAAAAGACGGAUGAGAAACCCACUCCGGAAAGCUACGAUAAAACACAGGACGUCAUCUUUCCUGGUGAACUACAGAGAUCUACAGAGUUCAGGGAUACAGAUAUCCUAUUUGUUGGUGGUGGAUAUUCAUGGAUGAGACCUGUGUCUCUGAACAAGUUGUUGGACAUGAAAGCAGCGAGUCCGAAAGCAACGAUAAUUAUGGGAUCACAGACGGCAAUAGGAUCCAAAAUCCGAAAUAAUUCCUUACCGUCCCCUGAAAUUAUCUGUUGUACACAAGUUCUGGAAUUGAAACGAAUUGUGGAGGAAAAAGACGGCAUAUCUAUAGGGUCAGCCGUUACAUUUGCGCAAAUGGAAGACUACCUGCGAGGGAGUUUGAAAGGAAAGAAAGAUCGAGAUUGUGGUGUUGUGUCUGCAUUGCUAGAAGGAUUGCGCUGGAUUGGAGCGGAUCAACUUAGAAAUGUUGCGACCCUUGGAGGGCAUCUGAUGAGUGUUGGACCUCAUGAUUUGCAGACGUUUAUGUUGACUGUUGGUGCAGAGUUGAACUUCAUCUCACCAAAUAAGAAAACAAAGAAGCUGUCAUAUGAGAAAUUUGUAAAGAAUGGAAUAAAUGUACCUGACCCACAGGACAUUUUGGUGUCUGUUUUCAUUCCAUUCAACAAACAGAACGAGUAUGUGCUCUACUCCAAACAACCGUUCCGUAGGGGUAUGGAUUACGCUGUGGUGAAUUCUGGGAUGGUUCUUCGGGUGAAUGAAAAGAAUGGAAAUAUCGAAAAUUUGAGGUUUUGUGUGGGAAAUAUCGAGAGUAAACCAUGUCUUCUAGAGAAAGUAUCCAACGUUGCUAACGGAAGAUCGUUUGAUGAUAAACUGAUAGGUGAAGCCUGCGAUGUGAUCAUUGGGGAGCUGAAAGAGUGCAAAGCCGAUUCCAUGAAGUACAAAAUCUCACUAGCGUGUGCAUUCUUCUUUAAAAUGUACAAACAAAUCUCGGAAACAAUAAAGCAAACGAAUGAGAAGACAGAAUUUGGUUUGACACCUACCCUUUCGUCUGGGGCUCAGUAUUAUGACGUACCCAACCCGGAGGCCAAGGAAAUUGUCUGGCAACCCAUUCACCACACAGCUGCCAAGAGUCUUGCUUCCGGCGAAGCCGUGUUUAUCGAUGACAUGCCGCAAUACACAAACGAGUUAUCGAUGUGGUAUGUGACAAGCACAAGGGCACAUGCUAAGAUCCUUUCUGUAGACACAUCGGCCGCUUUGGCAAUGCCAGGGGUGGUGGAUUAUGUUGACCAUAGGGAUGUACCAGGAGAAAAUAUGUAUGGACCUUUGGUUCAUGACAUUCCGUUAUUUCCCGAUAAAGAGGUUUCCUUUCACGGACAGCCUAUAGGUGGAAUUAUUGCAGAGACACGAGAGAUUGCAAGAGCAGCAGCCAAAUUGGUGAAAGUCGAAUACGAGGAUCUGCCAACUCUAUUUCUAAUAGAGGACGCUAUUGAGAAAAAGAGCAUGGAUGCAUAUGUCGCAAGUCACGUGAACGGGGACAUCGAAAAGGGCUUGGCAGAAGCGGAAAUGAGUUUGGAAGGCGUCAUCAAUACUGGGGCACAAGAACAUCUGUAUAUGGAACCAAUCUCAGCUCUAGUAGUUCCGAAAAAGGAGGACAGUGAAGUGGAUGUUUUCGUUAACACACAAGAAGCUAAUGGUUGUCAGACAGAUGUGGGUCUUUUCUUGGGGGUACCAAACAACAGGGUCAAUGUGCGAGUGAAGAGAUCAGGAGGAGCCUUUGGUGGUAAGGCUUUGGAUACUAUUUCAGCGAGUGGUACGGCCGCCGUGGCAGCGUGGAAAGUAAAUCGACCUGUGCGUUUGAUUUACACAAGAUCCUUUGACGUGAAGACCACAUGUAAAAGGCAUCCAUUUAAGGCCUUCUAUAAGGCUGGGUUUACCAAAGAUGGAAGAGUUACUGCUCUGUCAAUUGACCUAUAUUUGAAUGCAGGUUGGAACAAUGGUGUCAGCAUGUUUGUGAUGGAGUUAGCAAUGCUUGCAAUGGAAAGCACAUUUGAUAUUCCUAACUACAAGGGAACUGGAAGAAUUUGUUUGACAAAUCUUCCAUCGAAUGGAGCUUUUAGAGGAUUUGGAGGACCUCAAGGAAACUUUAUUAUGCAUAACAUCAUGUAUGAUAUCGCCAAAAAAACCGGGAUAUCAUUCAAUAGGCUUAGAGAAAUGAAUGUCUACAAAGAAGGCGAUAAAAAUGUGAACGGAAUGGUCCUUAAACAUUUCAAUCUGCCUAUAUGCUGGGAGGAUUGCAAAAAACAGAGCAAGUUCGACGAGGUCUCGAAAGAAAUUGAAGAGUUUAAUCGUAAAAACAGGUUCAGGAAGAGAGGAAUUGCCAUGUCAACCGUUGUCUUCAGCAUUGGUUACCCCAUAGUGUUUUUGUGUCAGGCUGGGGCUUUGGUUAAUAUUUACCAGGACGGUUCUGUUCUUCUCACCCAUGGAGGAAUCGAAAUUGGACAGGGUCUUCACACCAAGAUGAUUCAGGUGGCUGCAACUGUGCUAGAGAUUCCGAUGGAGAAGAUCUAUAUGAGCGAAACCAGCACAGCGACAGUUCCCAACGCAACAGAAACUGGGGGAAGUUUCGUGGCUGAUCUCAAUGGUGGGGCAGUGAUGAAUGCGUGUCAGAUCCUGAAAGACAGACUACAGCCUUUGAAAGAUGCCAUGCCGGAUGCACCAUGGGAAAAGCUGAUCCAAGCUGCAUACUUCAGCAGAAUAAGUCUGUCCGCCGCUGGAUUCUUUAAGUCUCGAAACGUUGGAUACGAUUUCCAAAAGCAGGGAGAAGGAGAAUAUGCGCUGUACAAUUCAUAUGGUGCUGCCUGCUCUGUAGUAGAAAUAGACUGCCUUACAGGAGAACAUCAGAUCCUCAAAGCUGAUAUUGUGUUUGAUGUUGGGAAGAGUCUGAAUCCCGCUAUUGAUGUCGGACAAAUUGAAGGAGGAUUUGUGCAGGGCGCCGGUAUGAUGACGCUAGAACAAGUGACGUACGACAAGGACCGAGGGGAAGUGACGUUAUACGGUCCCGGGAACUACAAGAUUCCAGGCAUCAGAAACAUACCCAAAGAGUUCAACGUGUCGCUGCUGAAGGAGGCCAAGGGGGAAAACAGACCACUGUACUCUUCAAAGGGUAUCGGGGAACCUCCUCUACUGUUAGCUGUCGGCGUGCACCUGGCCCUCAGGGAAGCUGUCAAUGCCGCGCGCGAGGGCCACGGCAUUACGGAUAGCUAUAGGUUAGAGUGCCCGGCGACAUCCGAGAGGAUCCGAAUAGGCUGCGCGGGACCUAUCGUCAAAAAGGUUGAUGCUAUCGUAGAAAACAACCAGAAUGUUCAGUUAUAAAGACUUUGUGAUAAACUAAACGGAGAGAGCAAAUGUAGCAGAUUAUUAUAUACAAAUAAAAGUAGUGGUUGUGGCAGGUCAUCAUUUAUAUGUAGCUGAAUGACUUAAUCAAGAGAGACAAUACUAGGGUGAAAGAUACAUUUUUAAUUUUUGUUUGUCAGUAUUGAACCCAUUUAUUUUAGAUUGAUAAUAGUCUAUGCACUUUUAAAAUAGUUUGUAUCUGAGUUUUAGAAAAUUGUUGCACGAGUUCCCCUAUCUUACAAUUAAUUUUGGUAAAUAAAAAUUCCCAUUUCAUCUCGCAACCGAUUUCGCGCAUGCUUAUUGUCUUGUUUUUCCUCUUUCCUGUUACUGCAAGAGAACAAAGUAACGGUACCGUGAUUCUGACUAAUAUACAGGUAGCGAUGGCUUGUCUUACCUCGAAAAGAACUCUCAAGCGAAAUAAAGUGGCGUGAAGUAACUACCGAGAAACCGUCAUAUUUUCACACAUCUCCGUUACUGUGGGUGACAUUUAGAGGAUGUUAAUUUAUGUAUGCUCUUCAUACAUGCGUUAGAUUUAGAUUGGUACAGGGUGUUGAUAGAACCAUUGACUGCAAAUAUAUCCUGCGGUUUUACUAAAAACUGCACAAUUCUCCACAUGAUCCACCUGAUGAAGAUGAAAACUUGUGUUAUCAUAAUAUUGAGGACAAGCUUUAUAUUUACUUUGUUAUGCUUAUACUUUCAUGCUUCUUUUGGCAAUAAAAUGGUUUUACCAACUUGAA